ACUGGUAAGCGCAGUGGAAGCAAACUGCGAGCGUCAUGGCGGUGAUUAUGACGUCAUGCUUGGCGCCACCAUUUUCUCCUUAUAACCUCCAUCUCUCCCACCAUUAUUCCUGCUCUUCACGACCUCCCACGACCCCCUAGUGACACGAAUUAUCAUGCCCGCCUCUGCCGCUAUUCCAGGCCUCUUCUGCUGCUUUGCUGCCACCGUUUUAUUGGUGUUCGUUUCUGUGUCUACACCCACAUGGAACUCUGUAUAUUUCCUCCAUGCCGGCGUAGGAAGCUCAGCGACGCGUUUUGGUGUGUUUGGAUCCACCGGAUCGUCCAUAACGAUCGGCUACAAGUUUGAAGCUGCUGGCUUCAAUUCUAGCAGUCUAAACACAUCAGUUAUCUACAAUCUAACAAAGACUCUCAUCCUCCAUCCAAUAGCCGCCGGCCUUGCUGGUCUCGCAUUCCUCUUCGGUCUAUGCGGCGCGGGUUAUCAUCGCGCAGGGACCGUCUUCAUGUCUCUCCUCGCGGCUCUAGCCACCCUCGUGACCCUUGUCGCGUGGGUCAUAGACAUGGUCCUCUUUGGCAUUGCUCGCAACAAUUUCCGCGACCAGAACUUUGAUUCUCAGUACGGAAAUGCAUGCUGGCUAACACUCGGCGCCCUCAUCGCGCUCCUACUCGCGUUUUGCGCGAGUGCAUGCGGUGUCUUUGGCAAUUAUCGCAAGCGGAGAGAAACCUUUUAAAUCGAUAGGACUUUUUAUGCCGCUAUUCAUUAACGGAAUGCUAUGUAUGUUUCACUAUCACCGCCCAUUUUUUGUGCUGAAUUGGUGUAGCACAUUUAAUUAUCCCUUCGUAUGCUUACUGUAUCUUUUAUUUACUGCCGUCGCAAUGCUACACAUCCGUAUUGGCACCCCGGGCCAAAAUUAUUCAACGUUGAACG